CUGUCAAAGAUAAGCAGAAGACUAGUUUGUCCUGUGGGAGCCAAGGAGGCACCCAUUAUCGCUUUUUCAGUAACUGCAGUCCGCAACCAAUAUUGCAGCCAUGGAAGGCACGGUAUCCAUUGAUGGUGCUUCACCUCCCUUCAAUCAUGGUGGCUGGAUCACCUUCCCUUUCUUCAUAGCAACGAUGGCUGGUUUGACACUUGCGGCUGCAGGAUGGAGCAAUAAUGUUGUCGUCUAUCUGAUACGAGAAUUCAACAUGAAAAACAUCAAUGCAGCUCAAAUUGCAAACAUUCUCAACGGUUGCAUCAAUCUUUUUCCCAUCGUGGCUGCAGUCGUUGCAGACUCGUAUCUUGGAUCUUUCAGUGUCAUCGUCAUUUCGUCAUCUUUGUCUUUGCUGGGACUAAUACUAUUAACCUUAUCCGCGAUACUCGACAUGCUGAAACCUCCACCAUGUGAAACCGGAUCAAGCUUUUGUCAAAACCCUUCAAAACUGCAACUCGCCAUUCUAUACACAAGUCUUGCACUUGCAAGCUUGGGAGCAGCAGGCACACGAUUCACCUUGGCAACGAUGGGUGCGGACCAGUUUAAUAACCAGAAUCAUCAAGGGGUUUUCUUUAACUGGCACUUUUUUACGUUUUACGCAGCCACACUUGUAAGCGUUGUCGGGAUCAUUUAUGUCGAGGACAAUGUGAGUUGGGGACUUGGGUUCGGUCUAUGUGUUACAGCUAACCUACUGGGUUUAGUUAUUUUUGUGUCUGGCAAAAGAUACUUUCGUCUUCUCAAGCCACGGGGAAGUCCAUUUACUGGACUUGCUUGUGUUAUGGUGGUAGCUUUCCGAAAAAGGAAAGCUGCUUUGUCAUUCAAGAAAGAAGAUUAUUGCCACGAGCCACGGGACGGAGGACGAAAGACGACUCUUAGAACAACUCCAUCAAACAACUUCAAGUUCCUAAACCGAGCAGCUCUAUUAACCGAUGGACAUACCGACUCAGAUGGCCCGAUCAUGAAACCAUGGAACCUAUGCACAUUGCAGCAAGUGGAGGAUUUAAAAACCCUCAUUAGAAUCUCUCCUCUGUGGUCAACUGGUAUACUAUUGAACACCCCAAUAGCCAUCCAAAUGAGCCUAAUAGUCCUGCAAGCUUUAGCCAUGGAUCGUCACCUUGGAUCCCACUUCCAAAUACCAGCAGGGAGUAUGAUAGUUUUUGUCAUGAUCACAACCUCUGUUGCCCUCGCCCUCAUCGAUCGCUUCCUAAUUCCCACGUGGCAAAGGCUUACUGGCAGGACCCCAUUGCCUUUACAACGAAUAGGGCUUGGCCAUACUCUCACCAUAUCAAGCAUGGUCAUCUCUGCGCUGGUUGAGUCAAGACGGCUCAGUAUGGCUCGAACCCACAAGCUUAAUGGCAAUUCGGUUGUGCCCAUGUCCACAUUUUGGCUGGUGCCUCAACUGGUUGCAGUAGGAGUUGCGGAAGCGUUUCAUUUCCCAGGACAAGUUUCGCUAUAUUAUCAAGAGUUUCCGAAGUCGCUUAAGAGCAGCGCAGCAGCGAUGGUGGCUGUGUUUAUUGGGAUAGCAUUCUAUUUGGGCACAGCAGUGGUUGAUCUUCUUAGGAAAACAACAGGGUGGUUGCCUGAUGGGAUAAAUGAUGGGAGAAUGGAUAAUGUGUACUGGGUGUUGACUGCAAUUGGGAUCGCUAACUUUGGCUAUUAUCUUGUUUGUGCUUCGUUGUAUAGGUACCAAAAUGUCGAAAAGGUGGAGCUCACUGACUCUAACUAUGGAGAACUAAACUUAGUUGUGUAAUUCCGUUUCUGAGUUCACCAUUAAUGUAGAAAUUAAGCAGCUUUAUUGU